AUGAAUAACGAACAUAUUCAAAAUUUGCUUAAAGAUAUUUCAAGCUUGCUUGAAAGCUCUGAAAAUUUUGAUGUAAAAAUUAAAAUUGGUGAAGAACCAAAUAUUAAAGAAUUUAAAGCUCAUUCUGUUAUUUUAUCAGCAAGAUCGGCUUAUUUUAAAACUGCAUUGUCAUCACAAUGGGCAAGGAAAGAAAAUGGAAUUAUCAUUUUUGACAAACCAAAUAUUUCACCAUCUGUGUUCGAAAUUCUUUUAGACUAUAUUUAUACAGGAACGUUCUCCGAUAAAAAUGAAGUUAACCUUCUCGACGUUUUUAUUGCAGCCGAUGAAAUUGAAUUAUUUGGAAUUAGUCAACAAGUUAAAAAACGCUUGCUAGAAACUGAAUUAGUUUGGAAAUUUCCAGAAGACUUCAUUACAAUAUGUAAACAUGAUGCUUUCACUAAUUUAUAUGAAACAGCAUUAGAACUUGUAUGCAGAAAUCCCAGAGUUAUUUUUGAAUCGAAAGAUUUCUUAAAUAUGGAAGAAGAUAUUUUAAUCAGACUUCUGAAAUGUGAUA